AUGCGCACUCGGGACAAUUCUCCCCGCCACAGAGGCCCCGGCCUCUCAGACAUCACGCGAGCUGGUGAUACGGAGACGCCAAGCGCGGAAGAAGGGUCGGCUGCGCAGAGAGAUAAAAAAACCGUAUCUGGAAAUGACGUGGGGAGCGAGGGUGAAUUGGACGCGGAUGUUGAUGACGAUGGCGUGGAUGUAAAGAAUGAUGACGUGGAUGUGGAUGUUGAGAAUAAUGGCGAGGACAUGGAGGUGGAGAAUGAUGUUGAGGACGUGGACGUGGAGAAUGAAAGUAGUGAUGGCGAAGUUUCUAUGACAGUGGAGGCGCCUUCUACGUGGCAUUCCGACUGGAGAACGUGA